AUGGGUACCUGUCCCUCAGGUCGACAAAGGAUCAAAUUUGGUGAAAAGUCAAAUCUGCACCGUUUUACUUCCUCGAUGGAAUCAGACCAGGAGAGGCACAUUCAGAGUCCAUCAGAGCCCGAAGGCAAAGAUAAAGGUAAGGCGACGUCCGUAAACAAAGCCAGACUAAAAAAGAAAAUAUACCAAAGGAAGGAAAAGCGAGAGGGAUACCCUCAGAAUGAGGCGUCGAACUCCCAUUUCUGCCCUGGCUACCCAAAGGCGGCACUCUUUUUCUGGACGUUCAGCGCUAGUUAG